AUGAUAAGAGAUUCCAUAAUUCUCCAUACACCGCACGAUGCAGUGCGUUCAGCAGCUCUGCAAAAAACUAACCCAACUUUGGAAGAGGUUAAGGCAAUUGCAGAAGCCUAUGAGGCUACGCAAAAAUCCAUUUUGUUGUUAAAAGAAAGAAAUGAGCCCGUUAUUGAAACUAAUCAAUUAUAUUCUUCAUUACAUUUGAAUAAGCGAAAAAAUGCGCCACGGGGGCGAAGCCAUACCCGAAAUAGAAGCAAAAAUGGACAACAACAGCAGCAACAUAAGAGUAGCACUCCGCAAAAGUCUUGUUCUGGCUGUUUUAUUCAUCAUCAGAAAGCGAAUUGCAAAUUCUUAAAUGCCAUUUGCAAUAAGUGUGGCAAGAAAGGCCACAUAGCUCCAGUAUGUCUUUCAUUUGGGAGCAAUAGUGUUUCUUCUUUUAAUUAUCAACGAAAAUGGCCAACUAGGAAUGAUCAUGUAAACAGUUUAUCCGAAGAUAAUAUAUUUUCUGUCGAUGAUUCAAUGCAGGUAAUCGGCAACAAAUUGUUUCUGACAUUGAACAUAAAUAACCGUGAAGUGAAGUUCUUGUUGGACACAGGUGCAAGCAAAUCAAUGAUAGGUUUACCUGGUUAUAAUGAGAUUAACUGCCCAGUUUAUUCAAAAUCGACACGUAGAAUGAAAUCAUAUGGUGGGGUCGAUGUCCCUUUGCUGGGCGAAGUUAAUGUCAAUGUAAAAUUUAAUGGAUUUGAACAAAAAUUGCCUUUACUUAUCACGAACAUGGAACACGGUGAUAACAUUUUUGGUUGGGAUUGGGCAGAAGCAUUCGGACUGCGUGUCAAUUUUGAUGGUGGUACCAACACGAGUGUUCUUGAGAGUGUGUCACCAAGUGAUGUAGAUGCAUUAUGUGAUAAAUAUCCUGAUUUAUUUGCAACUUCACUAGGGCACUGUAAUACUGUCAAGGCAAAGCUUUAUUUAAAAUCCUGCUCAAAUCCAAAGUAUUUUAAAGCGAGACCGAUUCCUUAUGCACAACUUGAAGCAUUUAAGUUAGAAGCUAAUCGUUUAGAGGAAGAGGGGAUCUGGAAGCAUAUAAGGUUUAGUGAAUGGGCUGCACCUAUUGUAAUUGUUCCGAAGCGUAAUCAAAAGCUGCGCAUUUGUGGGGAUUUUAAAGUUACGAUCAACCCACAACUUGAAAUUGAUCAGUAUCCAAUUCCUCGACCUGAAGAAUUGUUCCAUAAGCUAUCCAAAGGCCAGUAUUUUAGCAAAUUGGAUAUGUCUGAUGCAUAUUUACAAAUUGAAUUGGAAGAAGAUUCAAAAAAAUAUGCUGUUGUGAAUACGCCGUUGGGUUUAUAUCAAUACCAACGUCUACCUUUUGGAAUUGCCAGUGCUCCCGCAAUAUUUCAGCGGACACUAGAAGCAGUUCUAGCGGAUAUUGAAUGUGCUGUGUACCUGGACGAUAUCUUAGUUACGGGCAAAAAUAUGCAAGAGCACCUACAUAAUUUGGAAGCCGUUUUUAAACGUUUAUCUGAUAAUGGUUUGCGAGUUAACCUACAAAAAUGUGAUUUUAUGAAAACUGAAGUGGAGUACUUGGGUCACAUUGUCAGCGCCAAAGGUGUGCGUCCAGCUGAAAGCAAGGUAGCAGCCAUUAAAAAAUUGCCUCGUCCAACAAAUCUUAAAGAGCUGCAGUCAUUCAUGGGUAAGAUAAACUAUUAUAACAGUUUUAUUAAAAAUUUCUCCCAAAUAGCUGCCCCACUGAAUGAACUUAGAAAACAAGAUGUUUUGUUUCAAUGGCGAGUUCCUCAAGAAAAUGCUUUUCAAAACCUGAAGCAGCAAAUUGAAGACGCGACACACCUUGCUCAUUUUAAACCCGAAUUACCUAUCAUCCUAGCAACAGAUGCUUCAUAUUAUGGAAUAGGUGCGGUGAUUUCUCACCUCAAUCCAGAUGGAACAGAACAACCGAUAGCCCAUGCAUCAAAAACUCUAAACGAUUCACAACGCAACUAUAGCCAAAUCGAGAAAGAGGCUUUCUCAAUUAUUUUUGGCGUAACCAAAUUUCGUCAGUAUUUAUAUGGCCGCCGCUUUAUUCUGUACACCGACCACAAGCCCUUAAUUUCGUUGUUUCAUCCCAACAAAAAGCUCCCAACGAUUACAACUGGCCGUUUAACACGUUGGGCUCUAACUCUUAUGAGUUUUACAUAUGAGAUCCGCUAUAAACCGUCAAACAAACAUGCGAACGCAGACGCACUUUCACGAUUACCAGUGGGCCCAGAUCCAGAAUUUGAUGCUUUAGAAGAAACUUGCCAGGAAAUCUCUUCUGAAAUUGAUGAAAAUAUAAAUGAUUUUCCUAUAAACGCCAAAGAUGUAGCUGAAGAAACGCUCAAAGAUGCAGUUUUAUACAAAAUUAAGCAGUAUAUAAAUAAAGGAUGGCCAGAAAUUUUGCCUGCAUGUGAAAAAUAUUUAGCGCCUUAUUUUAAUCGAAGAUUUUCGCUCACGACGCAAAAGGGAGUUAUUUUAUUGCAAACUGACUACAAUCGAGUUGUGAUUCCUAAUAAACUUAGAGAUAAAAUCCUUAGAAUGCUGCAUGAAGGUCACUGGGGCAUUGUUCGCACGAAGCAACUCGCACGCCGUUACUGUUGGUGGCCUCAAAUCGAUGAAAGCAUAGAGUCAAAUGUUAAAGGCUGCACAAUUUGCCAAACAUUCGCAGUCGAUCCUCCUAAAGAAUUUCACAGCUGGCCGCAACCAGAAAAGCCAUGGGAGCGAAUCCACAUCGACUUUGCCGGCCCAUUCUUAAAUCAAAUGUGGUUAAUUUGCGUAGACGCACUUUCCAAGUUCCCGUUUGCUAUAUCAAUUAAAAACACCACGUCAACAAAUACAAUCAAAGCACUUUCAAGAAUUUUCGCGCUUGAAGGAUUACCGGAAGUAAUCGUUAGUGACAAUGGUACACAAUUUUCAUCGAAGGAGUUCGACUAUUUUUGUAAUUCCAACGGAAUACAACAUUUAAGAACUGCACCUUUCCAUCCAUCAUCAAACGGAGAGGCUGAACGUUUUGUUCGCACAUUUAAAACGAACAUGCGUAAAGUCUGCGAGGAGGAGAAGUGUAUCGAUACCGCCGUUUCGAAAUAUUUGAUGACGUUCAGGACAACACCGAAUCCUGUAACAGGAAAAAGUCCUGCCGAAAUUCUUCAUGGCAGAGCUCAUCGAAUACUUUUAUCACAAAUUGUACCAAAUUCCAAAGUCAACAGUCAAAAUUCAUCAUGUCCAAAGUUUACAAUAAACCAAACAGUUUACGUUCGCAAUUUUGCCAAGGGUCCCAAAUGGUAUGAAGGAACUGUGAUUUCACAACUUGGUUCCAUAACAUACUUAGUUCGCACCCCCAAAGGACUUUGGAAACGCCACCAAAACCAACUAAGACCCAGACAAGAUGAUGUCAGCCCAGAAAGUUUUGAUACAGCUAGAAUUUUAGCUCAAGGCCAAAAUUCAAAUGGUCAAAUAGGUAAAUCUGCAUUAUUAACAAAUAAUUUUGAAUUUUCCAGAAAUAAUCAAAGUCAAGAACCUAACUCAUCCAGUGCAAGUCAAAGUCCUAAAGCUGCCGCCUUGAUGAUUCGUAAUCCGAGCCCUGCACCUGUCACACCACGACGUUCAACUCGAAUACGAAAGCCCAUUGUACGUUUCCAAUGCUAA